UCGGGACACACCGCCUCCCUGGUCAAGUCCCUUUCCGGCCUACUAUCCAGUUCGCUCCUUUUGUUCAACAAGUUGAGUCCUCAUUCCCGUCCGGAUUCUGAUGGUGUUCUCAUGCGAAAGUAUUCAGCCUACUUGAGCCUAAAGUGCCCUGAUGACAUCGGGGACCUUUCUCAAUUUUUCCACGACUUCACAAUGCGUCAGACUUUUGACUUGCUAGCAAACAUGGCCUGGUCAACUGAAGCUUUGAGUUCCUUCUUUAAGGUCAGUUUCCUGCUUUGA